AUGAAACAAUUUGGUAUAUUUUUAAAUAUAUCAAGGUAUCUAUGAGGGUAAUUGAUAUAAUAUAAUACUACUGCCAUUAAAAAUGUAUUCAUUAUUUUUGUGAUAAUAAAUGUUAUCUUUAAAUACGGUCUUAGAAGAUCUUCUAAGACCAUGAUUUCAAUCAUGGCAUUAGUCUUCUCAUUAGCACUAAAAAAAUAAUUUUCACAGCUGUUAUGAAUCAAAUUUAGAUGACUUGUAACAUGAUUGUUUUUUUUUUUUUUUUAAGUCAUUUUUGAUCAAAAAACUUAAUACGACAAUAUAUGUAAUUUUUUUUGCUAUAGGCUCUUCACGAAAGAAAGGUACCGUUUCGCGCGUGCUGACGGAGCUCCAUACCACCGCCAUUGAAUCCCCGCGCGUCACUAACUCACGUGUACUGGGUAUAAGCAAGGUCUAAACGAGGAGUGACGUGAGGAUGCGCGUCACUGACCGGUUUUCGUUAAAACACGGUACCUUUCUUUUGUGAGACGGAGUAUAGUGAGAUUUUUUCUUAAGCUCAGAAUAAUAAAAUAUUUUAUUUUUCUAUAGGUAUGCCACACUUAUAGUGAUAUUGUGUUUUACUUUUAGAUUUCUAAGAAUAGAAAUCGAAACUGGAUGAAAACAGUUUAUGUUUUUAUAGGUUAAGUACUUGUUUAGAUGAAAACUUACUCUUCACCAUUAAGUAAUGUCAAUGUCUUAAUGCUCUUCAUACAUAAUUCAUAAUAUAUUUUAUUAAUAUUUGUAUAUACUGUGAUAAAAAAUAUGUUUUCACCACGGUCUUAAAUCACACAUAACAAAAGUGAACGCUUCUAAUUAGCGCAAGUUUGCUCCCAAGAUGUUCGUAGUUCCGGCAGUUACCGGACGAUAAAAGAUAAUAAUAUUGUCGUUGUCGACCUCUGAACUGAUAAGAAUAUAAAAUUAGACUUUUGUUUAUGACGGUUGAGUAAUAGAUGGAGAACGCUUUAAAUUCUUUUUCAGGGAAAAGUUUUAGGCGGACAGACUCGUAGGGACAUCGGUCCGCGCGCGCACUAUUUACAAAUUAUUUAAGACAUAGAACGCAAAACACUAAUACCUACAACCGGAGUAAUGUGAGAAAAAUUUGGGAGAGGCUUUAAUAGUUUUAGCUUGGAACAACAACAUAGUAGUUAGUGUUUGUAUUUAGUGUAGACAAUUUUUUGUUUAAUCGUAAUUUACUUCAAUCCUAAGUGUUACUGUAACCUGCUGAUUAAACACUUGAGCAGCUUAACAUGUUCAUCCCUCAAAUAUGACAAAGAUAACCCAUUUAUUUCAUUAUUUUUAUUAAAUUCGAAGUGCGUUACAAUGUACUCCCAAUAAGCUACAUUAUUUUCACUUUUAUAUGUAAAAUUAAUAUCUUUUGUCAAGAGAUUAUUUCUAAUGCAUUUUAAUAAAUGGAGUGAAUUAAAAACUGAUACUACUUCCACAUCCUCAAUAAAAAAAAUCCAAAAACCGAUUUUUAAAAUUUUGUCUUAAAUAGUAUUCAUUAGUUUCUUCUUUUAGUUGUUUUAUAGUACUAGUAGUUCUUUCUUUAUCUUAGUUCUCAAAUCUAUGAAUAAUUUCAUUUUUCCUGUCAAAUGUCAAUCCUGUCAAACAUAAGAAUACAAGUUCAAUCGAUAUCUUUUAAAUUACGUAAUUGAUAUUUUAAUUUAUGAAUGAUGUACAAGUUCAUUCCAGGGUGAAAUUAUACUUUAUUUAAUAGUCUAGAUAGAGUUUUACGAGAUGAUAGGGCAAAAAAAGUUGGUAAAAAUCGAUACCCUUUUGGUGACGUUUUAUUUAAGGACAAUGCUAAAAUUGCAUUACUGACAUUGUAUCUCCUCUCUUAUGCUUUCUUUUUUAACAUUUUACUUAGGCCAUGAAUAAUUGAACUGUUGUGGUAUUUCAAUUAUUAGAAUAUUUGUCAAAAUCUUUUCUUUUGGAAAAUAACUGCCAUUUUCAAGUUUGUCAGUCGGAUAUUUCUUUUCUUCUUUUAGCCUUGUUUUGUAAUUUGAUUGUUUCUACAUAGAGUUUUCUUGUAAUAUAAUAUCUUAAAAAAUAACUCUAUAAUUAUAUUUUUAAAAACAAUUAGUAUACAAUAUAAACUUAAUUUAAAUUUAAAAUUCUCAGGUGCCCGUGACUGCUGAAGAAUGGGGGAAAAUAAAGGAUACAUUUUUUCAUCGUUGGAAUUUUCCAAUGUGUUGUGGCACAAUCAACGGAGAACAUGUGAUAAUUAAACGACCUCCUGGUUUUGGCUCAUCAUUUUAAAAUUAUAAAAAAACCUAUAGUAUUAUAUUGUUCGCAAUGGUUGACGGUGAUUAUUGCUUUACAUACAUCGAUAUAGGAGCUAAAGAUAGUGAUAGUGCAAUAUUUCGUGAUAGCACUUUAUAUAUCGAAUUGGAAAAUAAUAAAUUUGGAAUGCCCGAAAAAUAUAUUAUUAUUGGAGAUGAUGCAUUUCCAUUAAGAACAAACUUAUUAAAACUAUAUAGUAAAACUGGACUUAAUAAUUAUGAAAUAAUUUUUAACUGUCGUCUUUCACGUGCUAGAUGAGUUGUGGAGAACGCAUUUGGAAUUCUGGUGUGGCGAUUCCGAAUAUUAUCUAAGCCAAUUGAUCUACAGCCAAAAAUUAUAAAUAUAAUAAUAUAUGCAGUUUGCAGUAUACACAAAUGGCUACGUAAAACUAUUCCAAAUAGCUAUAUACCUCUACAAGUAGUUGACCAAUUGGAGUUGGAGUACUAAGUAGUUGGAUUUUAACAACGGCAAUAUUAUCCCCGAGGAAUAGAGAGAACACGUGAAUGGUCUAGAAACUGUCAAAAAAAUGGGCAGCAACAACUAUAAACGAGCUGCAAAAGAUGUUAGGAGUUCAUUGGCAAAAUAUUUUAUUGAGAAAACUCCUUUACUGUGGCAAUGGGAAAAAGUUGGUAUAAGGGCUCCUUCACACGAAGCUACUCGCCAGUGCUACUUAGCAGCGCUGAUUUCGGAAAAAUACAAACGCAUACGGAUGGUUUCACACAUGACCACAGCCACUGAUUGGAAGUGCUACAGUCGGUGUGAGUGGCUGGCUUCACCGCAGAACGCAGCGUCUAAAAGUCGCGCUUCUCGUAACAGAACGUAUUUUUAGAUUGGGCGUUUCACACGCGACUGGAAUCGCGCGACUAUUUUUUUAUAUUUUUAAUAGCGCGUUGGUUGCGCGUUGGUAGCGCGUUAGUAAUGCGUCGGUAGCGCGAUUAAUACGUGUUUGAUCAAACGUUAUCAAUUAUUGUUUUUAAUUUUUUUUAAUUUCAGUAUUUAUUAGUCAGAGUGUAGUUUUCUGUCAAUAUUCUUUUACUAUAUUUUGAAAUAAUUGCGUCUGAUUGUGCAAAUAUAAAUAUUGAAGAUUUUAUAAGUGAAAUAGAAAACUGAUCCGCUAUAUGGGACCUGAAGCAUGAUAACUACAGCAAUAAAAAUGCAAAACGGAAUGCGUGGGAAACAGUCAUUAGUAAAUUUGUUCCCAAUUUCAAUGAUAUGUCUGAGGCUGAAAAAAGAUUAAUUGGUAAGUAAAACAUAAUAUAUUUUCCUAUUGAAAUAAAAUACAAUAUAUAUAAUUAUAUAUAUACCUUAUGUAAUAUAUAAGAUGAAAAUACAAAUACAAAUACUAGAAGUCAGUUGGGUUUAUUUGUUUAUUUUAAUGCUUAAGUUAUUAUCAACAAUCGACUUUUUUAAUAGUUUAAUAACAAUACGGUGGAAUUAGAAAUAUUAUGUAUGUAAUGUUAAGUAAUGGAAAAUAGUAAUGAAUAUAAAUAAUAAUAAAAAUAAUACAAUAAAUCAUUUCAAUCAUUUAAAAUACUAAUUAUGAUAAAUAAUAAUAAUAAAAAAAUAGAAAUUAAAAUGCUAGAAAACAAUUAAUUUAAAUUUUAUUCAUUCGCACGGUACUUGUCCUUCUUUCAAAAAGAAAUCACUAAGUUCUGUUCGAACGAAUUUGGUUGCAUUUCCUGGUUGAGAGUUGUCCACUGUCGUAUUAUCAAUCAAUCCACUAACAGCGAUAGUAUCCUCAAAUCUAAAGCCAUCUCUGUCCCUUACAAAACUGUGUAGAAGACAGCACGUUUUAAUUAUAUUUUCUGCCAAAGUUUCUUCAACAUUAAGUGAACGAUGCAAAAUUCUCCACUUAUUACUAAGUAUUCCAAAACUGCAUUCAAUAUAUCAUCUGGCCCUCGUAAGGCGGCAAUUAAACACUUUUUUACUCAUAGGUAAAUAUUUACCACCAAAUGGCCUUAGAAGAAACUGACAAAGUCCAAAUCCCUCAUCUCCUAUUAAAAAAUACGGAAUUUUAAAUGACCUUUUGUCUGAAAGAGUUUUAGGCGAAAGUAAUUUAAUUUUGUUAGUUUUUAACAAUUUUUAAAUCGUUGCGUUUUUAAAAGUUGUUGAAUCACUUGAUUUUCCUUGUGCCCCUACGUCAAUGUAUACAAAUUUGUAAUUUGAAUCAUACACCGCUAGUAAAAGAAUGGAAAAAAAAUGUUUAUAAUUAAAAUUCAUUGAUGCAUCGCCCUCUGGUUUGAUUACUCUAAUAUGUUUCCCAUCAAUGGCACCAAUAACGUGUGGAAAAUUAGCUCGUUCUUUAAAUUCUGUUGCAACGUUUACUAGUAGUUCUUCCGUGAUUGAAGGGAAGCAACUUUUUUUAUACUUGAUCCAGAGAGAUUCACACACUUCUCUAACAAUGUUAGAGAAUACAAUAUGCAGUAAUAGGACAAUAAACAGGUUUAUCAAAAACUAAUUGUGCGUGUUCAUAUUUUAUUACAUUUAAACCGGAUAUUUUGUUUUAAAAAAUAUUUUCGUAGUAUUCGUGCAAUGCAUUCCAAUUCGAAAUUGUAUAAUAUUAGAAUAUUUAUUCAGUAGGAACUUUGUGGAUAGAAUUGUUAGACCAAACAGAAAUUCUUUAAAAUUUAACAGGAGGUUCAUUAUAAGUCCUACUUUGUACUAAAGAGAAAACUUAAAGGUUGAGUUUAUUUUAUUUUUUAUAUAUAUAAGAGUUAAUAUCAAAUUUUGACGACAUUUUCUUGCUGUCAACAACUUUUUUACCUGUACGUGUCUGGACACCGUAGAGUCAACACGUUAAUCCGCGCACCGUAUUUAAUAGCUCUCGAUAGCAGUAAUUAUAACAGCGACCGAGACGUCGUUAUCUGGUAAUGUAUAAACAUUUAUUAAUAUAUAGUCCAAAGAACACUUCAAACACAACACAUUGCAUAGAUACAAUCCACCGUGCACGGGUGAUAAGCCCAGCAGAUUAUUACGUAGUCCAACAAACAACAUACAGCCAAAAUGAAUAUGCCUACAUUCACGCAAACCAAUAAAAACAAAAAAUCAACAGAUCGAAAGGUUCCACCAAUCAUCAUAAACAAAAAAAGACUAAUCUCCGAAGUUGAUGAUUCAUCAUCAUCACCUACCCGAAACUUCGACACAGAAUUCAGAUCACCUUUCAAAAAAGCUAAAAACAAAUUCAAACCAACCGAAAACAUAUUUUUCACCUCGCCAAAUCGCUACGAGCCAUUAAAAAACUUCCAAACUGACGAAAAUCAAAUUAAUACUAAUAAUCCACAACUACAAAUGGAAACAGAAAACCUCAAUACUAAUAUUAACGAAAAAAUACCACCCGUAUUUGUUAUCAACAUAUCAGAUUAUGUAAAACUCCGAAAGGAAAUCUCGCCAUUACUACAUAAUAAUUUCACAGCGACAAAUAAAAACAACAAAAUUAAAAUCAACGUUGAGAAUAUCGAUGACUUUCGAGCGAUAACAAAAUUUUUCGAAGAAAAAAAAUACGAAUACUAUACGUUUAGACUCAAAAGCGAAAAGGACAUCUCCGCUGUCAUUCGUAACCUUCCAAUGUCAAUCACCGAAUAGGAAAUCUUUAACGAACUCAAAAACCUAAAAUAUCCUAUAAAAUCAGUCACAAGACUAUCAAAUAAAAAUAAACUUCCACUCCCUCUAACAGCCAUACAGCUAACCAGAACGGAAGAAGCAAACAAGAUAUUCGAACUCAAUAGAUUCUUAAACUGUAUAAUCACCAUAGAACCACGACGCAAACCCAACGUCCCACCACAAUGUACCAAUUGUCAAAGAUUUGGACACAUAAGCAAAUCAUGCAGCCUAAACCCACGAUGAGUAAAAUGCGAUGGAAAACACCACUACUCAAAUUGCCCCAAAGAAUCAACAACUCCACCCAAAUGCGUAAACUACAACGAACCCCACUCGGCCAACUACAGAGGAUGUACAUACUAUAAAAAUAUUUAAAAAAAAAUAAAACCAACAAUUGCAAAGAAACCUCAGAAUAUAAGCAUACCUCCGAUUACAACUGACACAACCAAUAUACAAACAAAUUCAAACAAUAAAUCAUAUGCAGAAACAACCAAAACCGAUAUAUCUAAAAUCACGACAAAAACACCAAUGAAACACUCCAAGACCUCCUGAAUGGUCACCUCCAAACGACAAUUACAGAAUUUAUCAAGAAUAUAUUACAAAGCGUCCAAACAAUCAUUCAGAACAUUUUCACGUCAUUAACGAACAAAAUGACAACUAACCCAUUGAAACCUUUAAAAACCCAAAAUGAACAUAAUUAAUGUAAAGGAUAUCAUAUUAGUCAACUGGAAUGCUAAUGGACUAAAAUCCAAAAGGUCUACCUUAGCAGAAUGUCUAUCACGACACAAAAUCGACAUUACUAGUAUCACCGAAACACACCUAAAAGACUCUGAAACCUUCAAAAUAGCCGGUUACGAAAUAUAUAGAAACGACAGGAAAUACACACACUCUUCUGGAGGAGUAGCAAUAAUGAUUAAAAAAAAUCUAAAACGUAACCCAAUAAUACUGCCGCCCACACUCCAGAUGGAAACAGUAGCUAUAAAUCUUAUAACAGAUAAACAUGAAUUACGAAUUAUAUCAGUAUACAACCCACCAAACAAGAGAAUGAAAAACUCACUUCCCCAAGCUUUUCUGCAAUACCCCCACCAUACUCCUAGGAGAUCUUAAUUCCAAAAACACAAUCUGGGGCUGUAAAAAAAUAAACCCGAACGGACUAAAAUUGUUCGAGUACACGUCCGACUUAAACAUCAUGGUCUCCCCUCCACCAUGUCCAACCUUUUACCGAACAGGAGUUACCCCGGACAUAUUAGAUAUUGCACUAAUCUCAAACUUCCAUACAAACUUAUACCACAAAGUGUUAAACGAGCUCGACUCUGAUCAUGUCCCGGUAUUAACAACCCUAAGAAUAAAAGCUGAAACUAACUCCCCCCCCCCGUACCAAAACUAAUAAAUCGGCCAAUAAAAUGGGAAAUCUUUAAAGAAAAUAUAGAUAAAAUAUUAAAACCAAACAGAAAGUACUCAAAUACAAAUGAUAUAAACUCGGGUAUAAUACACCUUAAAGAAUCCAUCAAAUCAUCGAUAGACUUAGCACUAGCCCCACCAAAUUACAAAAAAUCUCACAAUUAUAACAUGCCAAUACCAUCCCACAUACAAAACCUAAUCAAAGAAAAACAUAAGACACGAAGAAUCUGGCAAACACACCUGUCUCCAGCAGUCAAAAAACAUUUAAAUCAACUAACAAGAAGAGUAAAAUGGGAACUGGAUAAUCUAAGAUAUAAUUCCUACAAAGCAUACGUAUCAAAAAUAAAUCCAAAUGACUCAAGUCUUUGGAUAGCUACCAAAAGAAUCACUAAACAGCGUGAAACAAUUCCCCCUUUAAAAAACGGAUUAGCCAAGUACGAAACUAACAUUAAAAAAUGUGAAAUUUUUGCCCAACAUUUUGAAAGUUGUUUUACAACUGGAGUUCCACAGGGAUCUGUGCUAGGACCAUCUCUAUUCAAUGUCUACUGUCAUGAUAUACCAACACCGCAACACUGCCAUCUAGCAAUGUUCNUUGAAUCUUCAACAAGAGACCUACAAAGCUCCCUAGAUGAACUAUCCCUCUGGUUCUCAAAAAGGAAACUAACACUAAACCCAACCAAAAGCGAAGCAAAAAUAUUUACACUCAGAAAAUACAUAAAUCCGACCCUACUUCAAAUAAACAAAGAAAUCAACUGGAAUAACAAAGACGACACAGUAAAAUAUUUGGGCCUGCACCUUGACGAAGAACUUAACUGGAAAAUACACAUCAACAAAAAAUUAAACCAAGGAUACACUAGGCUACGAAUACUGUACCCCCUAUUAAAUCAUAGCUCUACCAUACAAAUAAAAUGCUCUCUACUCCUUUACACAGCAAUAAUAAGAUCUUUAGUAACCUAUGCAUGCCCAGUAUGGGCAUCUGCCUCCAAAAAAAAAAUUAAAAAAUUACCAACCCUCCAAAACAAAUUCCUAAGAAUAACCCUAAAGGUCCCUUGGUUCAUGAGAAAUAAACAAUUGCACAACGAUACAGGAAUACCACACCUAUCUACCUGGAUAACACAAUAAUUUAAAAAUUUCCACGAAAAACUCCACAAAGUUGACGAAGCCCGUCACUACAAUAUCGGCAAGAGAUCCACAAAUCUAAGACUCAAACCUCGGCUACCUCAGGACAUCCUACUAGAUCCCAAUGAAGACACCUCAACCUCAGACUCUGACCCAGACUAACCUAACCAAAUCUACUAUACAUCACAUAAUUAUAUAAUAAUAAAAACAUUGUAAAAAUACUUAGUGUAUUGACACAAUUAUAUUAAUAAAUAAAAAAAAAAAACUUUUUUACCAGAAAUCUUGCUGUGUAUUUCAAGUGUAGCACUUUUCGAAAAGAAUAUUUGACUAUGGUGGUAGAAUAUUUGUCUUUGCUCAAUGUUGCUACUGUCUGGUUACCAUCUACAAAUAGCUCAGCAUUUGCAUAAAAGUCAAGGACAGUACUUGAUUGUGUAUGUGAGACAGUUAGGUUUAUGCUUUCCUUAUGUUUUGGUUGGGAUGGUCGUAAGUACACGUGAUUAGCAGUGAGAAGUUUUGUGUAGGAUGCACUAGUAGACUGUUCUUAUGGAGAAGGUGUAUGAAAAAAUUGAUGUGAUGAAUAUGCCGAUUCAGGUGAAAUAUAACUUUCCAGCGAUGGACAGGGAGAUGAAGCAAUAUUAGAAGUAAUAAUUCUGGGAGAAUGAUUUUGAGUUUGUAAAUUUGCUGAAUGAGUGCUUCAAAAACCAUGUUAUCAAUAUUAUGUUCCAGUAGUAGACGAUUCUGGGGAGAUAGUUGCAAAGUUUCUCGACUAAUAGCUGUGCAUAUAACUCAGGACCGUCAGUUAUCUUUUGAUUUUGUGGUACAAUAACCAAACUCUGCAAAACACCACUUGCUUGUUUUAAGUGUUUGCUUACUAAUUGGCUAUCAACAUUUCUCUGUUUUCUCUUCAUAGUUGGUGUUUGUGGGACUGAGAACAUAUUCGUGUUUUGUUGAGUGUCUCUCCUUGCAAUUUGAAUUGCAUUAUCUACAAGUGAAGAAGAUUCUAAGCCAUCCUCUUCAAAAUUAGUAUGCUCUGACUUUCCUUCAUUUUGCAUAAAAUUGUGUGUUUCAUAUAUAUUUCCAUUAACAACAUCCUAAAAAUAAAUUAGUUGUUAUUUUAAAAUUUUAAAGUCUAUGCUAAUUUGUAAAAAAUUUGUUACAGUUAUGAUGCAUAAAAAAAAAAAAAAUAGCUAUUCAAUAAGGUUCCAUUUAAUUUGUGAACUAUAAAUAUUUGUAUUUUACAGCUGCCUAAAUCAUAGGAGAAAUGAAAAACAAUAGUAAAUGGAUUCCAACAUCAUUGGGAUUUCCCACAUUCGAUGGGAAGCAUGUACUGUUGCAAGCUCCAUUUAACAGUGAAUCUGAGUUCUUCAACUACAAGAAGUUAUUCAGCACUAUACUUAUGACAUUUUUCAACUCAAAAUAUUGUUUUACAUUUGUUGAUGUUGAUGCGCAAGGAAGAAUGAAUGAUGCGGGUGUGUAUACUACCACGAGUGUUUUUCGUAAAAUAAUUCGUAACGAACUUCUGCUUCCACCUCCCGAGCUCUUAUUAGAACGACACAAGAAGAUGUCAUAUAUUUUUAUACGUCUUGAUGCAUUUUCUAUGAGUAGUACUCUUCUGAAACCUUAUGAAAAAAAUCAUCCCAAAGGAAGUUUAGAAAGGAUUUUCAAUUACCGUUUGUGCAGCGCACGUAGAGUUGUGAUAAAUGUGUUUGGUAUUUUAGCAUCAGUUUUCCGAGUAUUCAGAUCACCUACCUCGUAUGUUACUACAACCUGAUAAAGCUACUUUAAUAUGCAUGACAUGUUGUGUACUUCAUAAUUUUCUACGAAGACGCGCAACAUCAAGAAAAAACUAUACCCCAACUGGUACUUUCGAUUAUGAAGAGGAUGGUGAAUUUAUUCCCGGAACAUGGCGCAAUGAUCUACAAGGGAUAACAUCUUUCAAUCCACUGUUAAACAAACCCAGAAAACCCUACGAAGAAGCAAAGGACAUUCGGCGAGAGUUUGAAGAAUACUGUAUGAUAAGUGAAGCAGUAGAAUGGCAAAAUUAUAUUGAUUAGUGAUUUAUAGUUAUUUUCGUUUAGUUAACUUUGUAUUUAAUUAAUAGAUUAUAAAUUAAAAUGUAAAUAAAUAAAUAAAUUCUCAAUUAAGAUUAUAUAUAUAUAUGUAAUGGGUAUAUAUAUAUAUAUAUAUAUAUAUAUAUAUAUAAAUACAUAUACCCAAUAAUAAUCUAUUAAACUUACCUCUGAAUUCAGAGAGGCUAUCUUCGUAUUUUGGACUCUAAUAAAUUUAUCGAUCGCAUUAUAGGCAAACCACAAUGGAAAGUACACCUCUUGUGACCCCGUACCGGUAGUCUCUAAAUCCACCUUCUUCCUCAAAGUCCUGUAUGUCGACACCAGUGAUUCUUUCUUUUUUUCAACGCAAUAACUGUCAUUAUUACACUUAACUCAUUCGCUACUUCAGUUCAUGCAUCCUGUAGAAUGUUUUUAUCCUUAUGUCCUGGAUAUGAGCUGUUCCACAGAACUGGAUGUUUCUCAUACACUUCCAGAAAUUCGAGCGUUUAUUCAUUAUUCCACUCCAUUUUGUAUACGAUAAUGAUACAACUUUAGAAAGGUAGGGGAUUUAUUAACUUUUGAAUAUAUAUUUUAAUCGGCGUUUUUUAAGUACAACUUAUGUGAAUUUGCAUUGUAUAAUUUAUUUAUAUAAUACUACAAAAUACUAUAAACAAACAAAAAGAUACUUACCAGUUACUGAAUAAAAGUAAAAAAGAGUAAAUACUUAAAAUGCAUCGUGUAGCACCGGCUUUACAAAUACUUGUCGUAUAUUUAAUUAUAAGCUUUCAAGAGCAAGAAGGUUUGUUGAAUGUGCAUUUGGCGUACUUUCAAAUAAGUGGAGAGUGUUACAUACGUCUCUAUUGGUUGAACCAGAUUUUUCGAACGACAUCAUAAAAGCUUGUUGUAUAUUACAUAAAUUUAUCCGCAAAAGAGAUGGUUAUAAUUUUGAGUAUAUGAAUUACAAGUUAUUUGGUGGAUGAUUUACCUAAUAGAGGACCGGCAGUACAAUCUCAAGGGAUUGAAGUCAGAGAUUAUUACUCAGAGUAUUUCAUGAGACCAGAAUCCGUAACCUUCCAGU